GAGAGAGACAGAGAGAGAGGGAGAAUGGGAAAAAGCAUUUCUUGUACUCAACAUUUAUAUUGAUUAAUCUGUUCUUACUCCAAGUCAAUUAAAUGCUAAUUAGAAAUAUAUAGGCCUAUUCAUGAAGAAAAAUAUUAAGUAAAAUCUACUAACUAGAUAGUCCAUGAUAUAGUAGAAGAAAACAACUAAAAUGUAAGAAUGAAAAUUUGAAAGUCAAAGUGAUUAGCCAUGUAGUAAUUACAUAAUUAGGUUUUCAUUGUUAAUAUAGGCCUUACUAAUAUUCUAACUAAAACAUUUGGGAUAAUGAGUUGUGCUUAUUGUACACUUCAUCUUCUUUCUGUCAUUUAUUAUAGGAUUUAGGUCGGUACGGGCUUAACUACAAACAGAGAAUCACAUCUCCCAGUCUGUUUAUCUGUGCAGUCAUGCAGCAGGGAACCUCUUUAAAUAACAGAGGGAAAACAAUGAUAAACCAUGGAUUAAUCACUCAAUUAGACAAGUGACAAGCCGUCCUUGAGAAUAACACUGCAAGGCAUCUGUUUUAGCACACACAGCCAUCUGCACCACAUUACGUACAAUUAUUUUAGCAUGGAUACAGAAGUAUCAAUGAGCGCAUCACCAUUUUACCGCCAAUGUUUCAUCACUAACAAUAGUAUCUGCUAAGUCUUUUUUUGUAUUCAAUAUGUGCAGCAGAAUAGAUCACUAAAGGCUGCUGGUUUUGUUAUGUUUGUAAUAUCUCAUCAGUGCACAGUCAACCGUGCAACCAUUGGGCUGUGGAUGUUGGGUGUUGGAUUACAUGACAUUUGAACUGCACGUAGGAAGGGAUGUGUGAGACACCUUGCACUGCACUAAUCUACUGGUUAGCCUGCACUCUAUUACUUAUAAAACCACAGUUUUCUCACUUACAUGAGACUCAAUGAGAUAUAACGGUCAAAAUCAAAAAGAGUUGUAGGGGCAUUAUAAUGACUAUGUAGGCUACACCAGUCACUAUUUCUUGCAAUUGCAAGCUGCCAUGCCACAUGCAUAUUUAAAAUCCAACAUGAUUGCAUUUGACCCAUGAAAUAUAAAUAUAAAUGCUUAGCAAGAAUUGUAGAUCAUUUCAGCCAUUGGAUAAGGGGGAAGGAUUUUGUAGCGGCUUGUGUGGUCGGCUCCCAGGCUAAAGGUUCUUGGGUUGAUCCCCAAUGGAGCCCAGGCAGACAACCUGCAUGGGCCAGUAGCCCACGCUGACCCUCUGCCUGCUCGUUAAAGCUGCUGUAUGUACAUUCCAGAGUAGUACAGGGAGAGAGCAGAAAAUAGCAUUGUGUUGCAUUUCACACACAUGUGAUCAACAGGCAAGAUGCAUCCUCUCAACCAAUCAAGGACGUAUUGCACUGAUGACUGGUCAGGAAAGAGCUAGGAAGCAGCAGUCUAAAAUCUAAAUUGGCUAAUACAGACGCAGGCGCAAUCAACUUGAAACAUAUUCUCACAGCGCAUUUCACUCACUAAUAGCCGAUGCAUGGCUAGACAAUGUCUAACAUUCAGCCUCAAAUAAUAGCCCUUUAAUCUGACCUUUAAUGACCUAUAUCGGAAAUCCCUCAAAGUCACUGUGGAGAAAAGUAUCUGAUAAAUGACUUAGCACCCUGAUAUCCAUCAGAAAAAAGUAAAAAGUCAAUGCAGGCUUACCUUCAAGUCACCUUGGGGCAUGUGGAGGAAACUUCCCAAUCAGAGGAAGUUCUCCAUUUUAAACUGCGUGGUUGGUCUGUUCUAGGCUUUACUUCACACUAAAGAAGAAGGCGGGUAAUGAUGGCUGUGACGGUCAGUCCCUGUGAUGCCCCCCUGGAAUGGAGCCUGACGUCUCGCACCAUCAAGGAUAGACCCCUCAAGAGCCUGCCAUGGAGCAGCAAGAAAAGCGUGCCGGAGGUCUGGUGGAGGGGCCCCGGGAGCGAGGACAAGAUCUACAGCUACACGGGCAACGCCAUGGACAACUACACGGGCCCCCCCCACCCUGCCGCCUCCAUCUACGUCCUGAGGCUGCGCAGCAAGGAGGAGGACACCCGCGCAGAGGUGUACCUCCAUGUGGGCCCCGGGACCUCGGGGGCCUUCCCCCAGCUGCCGGCCGACCCCCGCGUCCACAUCCUGGGGGUGGGAAUGACCAGCGUCACCCUCAGCUGGGAGCCCAGCCCCUCCCUGGCCAGGAAGGGCUACGACUACUGCGUCCUGGUCAACCCCCACCACAACUACCCCAGCAUGUGUGCCGCCCGGGAGGGCCCCCGCAAGGACAGGGAGGCGGACAAACCCCCGAGACGAGGAGGGGGGGCGAGGAAGGACGUUCAAGGGAAGGGGACCGGCUUGUGGCCGCUGACCAAGGACCUAUGGCGGGCGCCGCAGCAGCAGCAGCAGCAGUCCCAGUGGAAGGGGUCUUACGGCAGAGAGACCCGGCCGGAGCCCCCUCCCGCCCUCCGAGACGCCGACGCCGCCCCGCCAUGCGUGUGCCGCGGCGCGGAGAACGUGUGCACCGUCUCCGACCUGCUCCCCGAGGUCCAGUACUACUUUGACGUCUUCGCGGUGGACGCGGCCAACGGCACCAGCGCGGCGUACACGGGCACCUUCGCCCGCACGCACGAGGAGGCGCGGCCCGCCGUGGCCCCGCUGCGGGAGGGGGAGCUCCGCUGGGUCACCUUCCGAGGCGAUGCCCCCGGCGCCGGCGCCGCCCACACGGAGGAGCAGCUCUUCAGCUUCCGCCCGCGGGGCUGGCAGCAGAACGGCCUGCUCACGCUGCAGAGCUGUGGCAGCGGCGGCGGGUCGUCCAAAGGUCAAAGGGUGAAGGUCACCGUGUCGACCAAGGGCCGGGUGCUGAGCUCCCAGGCGCUGGGGGAGGAGCUUGUGCAGGUGUGGCUCCACGGCAGCUCGUCGUACCUGGUGCACCUGGAGCGCGACGCGGCGGCGGGCGGGGAGGGCCUGAGGGUGAAGAUGCAGACCUCGUCGGCGUACCACCGCAUGGGGGCGCCCUCGCUGCCCUCCACCCUGCACAUCAAGUCCUUCAAGCGGCUGCGCGGCUGCAGGAGCGUCACGCUGGCCUGGAUGGGCACGGAGGAGCGGAGCUUGUACUGCGUCUACCGCCGGAUGCUCCCCCCGGUGGGGCCCGGGGACGGCACAGCGCCCGCCGCCGCCGCCACCGCCACCGCUCCCUGCCUGGGGCCUGAGUCCCGCCCCGACACGGAGCAAGUUCUCUGCAAGUACUUCCAGGAGCUGAACCCCCGGCGGGCCGUGACCACAGCUGUGAUAGGGGGCCUGGAGCCAGGCAGGGCGUACGUGUUUGAUGUCUACCUAAUGAGACGCUGGGGGAUCGCCGUCAAGUAUGUCAGCAAGACCAUCAGGACAAGGAGGGAGUGCUGAGCUGAGCUGCUGCCCCCUGCAGGUGGAAGUGUGAACUGUGAGAGAGCAGAGAGAAGGAGAUAUGAGAGAGAGAGAGAGAGAGAGAGAGAGAGAGAGAGAGAGAGAGAGAGAGAGAGAGAGAGAGAGAGAGAGAGAGAGAGAGAGGAACAAGAGAGAGAGAAGGACAAGAGAGAGAGAGAGACAAGAGAGAGAGAGAGAGAGAGGGACAAGAGAGAGGGAGGGAGGGAGAGGGAGAGAGAGAGAAUGAGAGACAGAGAGAGCGGGAGAGAGAGGCAUCAGCCAUGAACCAUAACCUAAAGACUGAUGGCUUUACCAUGAUGACCAAACCAUAGGACUGUUUUAGAGAGACUGUUAACGGGACGUGUCCUAGCAAUUCUCCCCAUGCCACUGGAUUGGCUGAGGAGCAGGACCCCCCCCCCCCCCCCCCCCAACCCCCCACAGCGCACACGCACACACUUGACAAACACAGAGAAACACACAUACACCAGCAAAAUUAAGUCUAUUUAAAAUUCCAACUCUUGUGCUUUUUUGUCUUUUUGCUGUUGUCGUAAAUCAAGAUAAUGAUGUGCCAGUUGUCAAAAUGCUUAUUUUGUUUGUUAUUACAAAGGGGAGAACAAGAUUUUGUUGACAGAUAUUAUGCAGAAACUUCAAUAAUGACUGUGCCAAAUAUGCAACAGGAACAGAUGGGGAUGUGAUUGGAGGAACAUCAAAGGUAUGGUAUCUACAGUCUAUUGCCAGGGCUGCACAAUGUACAGGCAUUUCAAAAAAGACAAACGCAAUCUAAAGAUGCUUAGCUCGGAGUUGGGUUAUUCUUAUGCUUUUGCAUGAAGCGGUGAAAAUGACAUUGUGAGUUCAUGAUGUAUUCUUGUCGUUGUCAAAUUCACUAAUAAAAAGUAAAAGUGUA